AAUAAUAACGCACAUGUGCGUGUUCGUGCAGUGGUGAUGACACGUGAUGACUCCAGUGGCUGUUGGGUGCCCCUUGGAGGUGGCGGCCUCAGUCAUGUGGUCAUAUGUAAAGGGAGGAGUCACGACGGCAGGGGCCGGAGAGAGUACAUCAUACGUGGAGAAAGGCUACGAGAUCGAGCAGUGAUGUUGGAGUGCGCAGUGCAAAGGGGGUUAGUGUACAACAGGGUGAACCCCAUCUUCCAUCACUGGCGAGUAGAGGAUCGCAAGUUUGGCCUUACUUUCCAGAGUCCUGCCGAUGCCAUCUCCUUCGAGAAAGGGCUGCAGACCGUUAUAGACAAGCUCGACAGAGGUACAGAUACAACAAAAGCUCUGACUCUCCCUCGUCCUCCACGCCAGAAGAGGCCGACACCGAAGAUGACGGACAAGCUGUGA